GUGACACCUCCUGUUUUAGACGGAUGUUUCGCACUACCUUUUACCGGCUAACCUUCGCCAUCGUCAUCGUUGGUAUCAUGAUGAGUAUGGUGGUGAUGACAAUGAUCAUUCUUAAGACUAUAUCCACCUCUAAAGCUCAGCCACACCGUCCAUCGCAUUGGCCCACUCCACUUGAGGAGUCUUCAGUCUCAUCAACCAUGUCAGCUGAAUCUACGACAGAAGCAACCAUGAUGCUGCCUACAGAGCAAUCAACCGCCAUGCCGCUCAACACAACUAUGGCUAUGGUACACCGUGGCUUAGACGAGACGGAGUCUCCCGGCAAAGGGAACCACACAUGCGCCCCAGGAAAAUGCCGUGACUGUGCUGAGAUCUACGAGGGAGGAUCCACUACAAGCGGCGUUUACCUCGUCACCCUGCAGAACAACACACCUGUGGAGGUCUACUGCGACAUGGACACUAACGGCGGGGGUUGGACUGUUAUCCAACGCCGGAUUGACGGAACUGUUCCGUUCAACCGUAACUGGGAGGAGUACAAACGGGGGUUCGGGAACAAGGACGGGGAACACUGGCUGGGGAACGACAACAUCCACCUCCUGACCAACCAGAAGGACUACAGGCUGCAGCUCUUCACAAAUAACAUGGCGUUAACGUGCAGCCGGGGUUUCUUCAAAGUAUCUGAUGAAAGGAAUGACUACAGACCUGAUCAUGGAAAGGGCAAACCUAACAGUAACUGUGAUAGGCUCAUCAAGGAUACGUUUGGACAAGCGUUCUCUACUGUGGACAGGGACAAUGAUAAUGUCCAGACCAUCAGCUGUGCUAAGCUCUAUGGAGGAGGGUGGUGGUAUGGGUAUUGUGGUCCCACCACAUUCCUUAACCAACAGUGGGACUGUGCAAGAAAUCCGAAAUGCUGUCCAUGCCCUAUCACGGUAAAACCGAUGUCUUUGAAGCUCAAACCAUAACUGUGUAAUAUAUAAUUAUACAAUUAUAUAUAACA